AUGUCUACUACACAAGGUAGCGAGAGUAUUAAUGCAUUUUUUGAUAAAUAUGUAAACAAGAAAACUACCUUGAAGCAAUUUGUGGAGCAGUACGAAAAUGCAUUAAGGGAUAGGGCGGAGAAAGAAAACAAAGAAGAUUUUAAUUCUUACAAUAUACAAUAUCCAUCAAUUACCCGCUAUGCCAUGGAGGAACAAAUGAGGGAAAUUUUCACCCAUGCAAAGUUUAAAGAGUUCAGAGAAGAAUUAACAGGAAAAAUGUAUUGUGGAAUAGGUUCUUUAAAAUCACAAGAUGGGAUUUUAGAAUACGAAGUAAUUGAGGAUGUUAUGCUUAAUGGUAAUAUAAUAAAGAAACCAUUUGUUGUUUCAUUUACAAAGCAUGCACUUACGGUACUUAUCAAUGAGAAGAUAUAUUCGUUGCCAUCGAAAUACAUCUUGCGAAGAUGGAGAAAAGAUGUCAAGAGGAGACAUACUAAGGUUAAAGUAAUUUACAGUGAUUGGGUUUCCUCGGAUGAGGGGAGUCGUUAUGACAGAAUGUGUAGUGCUUUUUCACAAGUGGCGGACUUGGCAUAUGACUUUGAAGAAAAAUGUAAUCUUGUUCUUAACCGAGUGAGUGAGAUAAUGAGUGAAGUUACAGAUAAAAAAAAUGUUGUUGAUAGCUUCACAUGCACCUCUUCCCUUGGUACUUCUAUUGAGAAUAGCACAAAGAUUAUCGAUCCUAUGGUAGUGUGA